AUGCAGAUGACACGUAAAAUUCGAUUCAACGUUGGAUUAGAAUUCCAAUCAACGCUAAUAUAUCUCCUCGUGUGCACAUUCUUUUGCUGUUUCCUUGCACAACUGCAGUCCGCACAAGCGGUCAUUCGGCCAAUUGAUCGUGAUGCACACACCAUUUACUACACUAACCGGGCGUCCAAUGCACAUGGCGACUUUCAUUACGAGUUCCAAACAUCCAACGGCAUCACUAUAAAAGCAGCGGGUAAUGAAUACGGACAAAGCGGCGUGGUGCAGUACAUUUCGCUAGAGGGUAUUCCCAUUACGAUGACAUAUGUGGCUGAUGCUGAUGGCUAUCAUCCGAGGGGCGAUCAUAUACCUAAGCUGCCGGAACAAGUGACGUCGACGUUGUUGAACUAUAAACGACAGCUUCGAACUGCGGAAGAGAAGAAAACAAAACAUAAAGUUGUUAUUAAAAAAUCGGAAAGCGAUAAAUAG